AUGAAGGGUUCUGCAGAAACACUUCUGCGGCGCGCGCUCGCCGAAGGUUGCGUGACGGUGGCCGAGUUGCAAGGUUUUGGCCAGAUGGAUUAUGCAGGAGUGGCGCGGAUACUUAAGCUGGACGCAGAUCUCCGGGAGACAAUCGUAGCUGUGAAGCUUCAAGAAAUAGGGGGAGACGCCCUCUUGGCUCUGCAGCCGACAGAUUUCGCGUCUACACUUUCCCUUACCGAGCCUGAGCAAGGCGAGCGUUUGGAAGCUUUUUUGUCCGCUCUGAAGAAGGUGGCAGCAGACCCGAACGGAUGCGUGCAGCCGCAGCAGGCAGCUGCCACAACUGCUGAUGGCGCAGGCAUAGCUGCGGUAACUGCAACCAAAAAGAGACGGGGGAGUGAGCCAGAAGCAGGUGCGGCAGCAGCGCCUGUCCAGCGAAAGGCCCCAGUUCACCCCAAGGGCCUCCAUGGUCCACGGGUCUCGGGACUGAAAAGGCCACCACCAACCGCCCCUGCUGUCGAAAGAGGGGCAGCUGCCGGUGCACCUGUCCCUCUCCCAGCGACAGCAGCAGCCCCACGAGCGGGUGUGACACAGUUGCAGCAGCAAUCAGCAGAGCCAUUCCCCUUGCAGGAGAAUCAGGGCAGCAGCCUUGCAACAGAUGCUUCAAAGAGGCAGCGCCAGAAAAAAGAGAAAAUACAGGGCAAAGCAACCAGUCAAACGCCCCGAGGAGAGCCUCAGGUUAAGAAGCAGCCGCGAAUAAAGCAACAGAAGCUAUCAGAGCAACAGCAACCGGCGGCAGCAAGCCUGACGAAAGGCAAGAGCCACCGGCGGGCAAAGCUGAUGGCGUGGGCAGCUUCGAUAUUGGCUCUUAAAGGAAGGUUUGACUCAGAACUGAGGCGACAGGCGGCGUGUAGGACCAAGAGGGCCCUCCUCUCCACUACCGGCUUCACGGAAGGCGCGGGUGUGCAGAACGAAUUACCGGCCCUUGUUCGGCGUCUGGGGAGCUGGGACGGAGUUCCCGCGGCCUUUGAGUGGAAGCCUCAGUACCCUGAAAAAAUAACCCACCUUAUUUGCAGUAAUGAGUUGGUGCGGCCCACAGUGAAGCUUUACUUCGCCCUGGUGAACGGAGCGUUCAUUUUGAGGGAAGAGUUUCUCCAGGAAGUCAGGAAACAGAAGGUGUGGCCAGAUCCCUAUCAGUUCCAGAGGCCAGACUUCCCGUCCGUUGAACAGCGGAAGUCUCGCUGGCUUUUGAGGGGCCUGCCAAUAUGCAUCGAUGGACCUUACCGCCCUGCUGGCCUUUCCAAACAACAGCUGCAGUCAUUGGUUCUCGCUGCUGGAGGAGUCUUAGGAGACGAUGCGUCUGCUACUGUACGGAUGCUGGAAGACGCAGAGGCGUUGCGCCGUCGGCAGGCCAGAGGCCUUUGGGGCUUUCAGGGAGACGCAGGAGCUCAGCCUGUAGCGAUUUCUUCUCAGUGGCUGCUCGACUGCGUUAGGUCAUGGCAACUUCUGCCACGGGAUCAGCAUGUGCUAAACCUGUCAAGCCCGACACCAAAUAACUUGGAUGGAAACGCGACUGAAGGCGCACAGAAGAGACGCCGGAAAGAAGCGAAGACGGGGAUCAGCCAGAGCAAAAAAGAGAAAACGGGGAGGGGGCGGAAAAUGCCACCUGACUGUAUAGGAGAAAGCUGCGGUGGUUCGACUCAUAGAGAAGGCUCGAAAUUGCGGCAAGAAGAUAUUGUAACCCUCCAAAUACAGGUAGAAAAGCCUCAAGAAGUGCUUGGCCGGCAUCCAGAUGAAGCAGCAUCAAAAGAGAAUGCUCGCAGCACUGCAUCGCCAACUUGCAGGCAGCAACAAGAACAGGCGGACCCGAGCUAUGCGCCGCCAAAGGCGCUUCACAGGGGUGCAGCAGGGGAUGUUGCCCAGCAAGCUAUCAAGAAGCGCUCCUCUACUAAGCGCCUUCGAAAUGAAGAAAAAUCGCCUCACGAGAAUGUGUCUCGGAAAAAGAAAAUGCUUGCUUCUUCGCCUGUCGCAGAGAAGCAAGACAUUACUGAGCGGCUACAUGCCGCAGACACAUUUCCAGAGAGGGGCGGCGAGGUAGCGGCCGCUGCAGGUGACGAGGCAGUGGUUGUUCCACUCGGCGCAGCCGCUGAGUCACAGCAGCAGAGCCGCCUUAUAAGCAAACCGACAAAGGGUACUCCAGCUGGCGAAGCGGGCUGCAGCGAUAACGAGGAGGGAUUGGCAGCUUCGCCUGUUGUUGGUGACUGGGAACCGCCCGAGGUAAGCCCUGCUGUUGAAGAGAGAGCUGCUGCAGAAGGAGAAUCAUCCUCAAGUGCUAAUCCCGUGGCGGAAGCAGCCCACUGCCCUCAACGCGACUGCCCAGCUAGCACUUCCCAGGCUACUGCAGCACGGGAUACCUUGCAGCUUCCUGAAGAGCACCUGGACGUGACGGGAUUGUUCGAGCCAGACGAAGCAGACGCUUCUGGGUACAACUUCGACCUCAAGGACCACUGUAGCUUGGGACAGAAGUUUGAGGACAUUCACACGAAUGGGCCCGCAAACACUCAGCGGGAAGCUAUAGGCGAAUCUCAUCUGAACGAGAACUUGCCGGGCAACAACAGUGAAGAACGGAUGGGGCAUAUGUGA